CCGGCCCAGCCCGGCAUGGUUGUCGAGCCGCCCGCCCAGCGCCUCUGAGGCCCCGGCCAUGGGCUGCAUCGGCUCCCGGACUGUGGGGAAUGAGGUGAUUGCCGUGGACUGGAAGGGGCUCAAGGAUGUGGACCAGACCAACGUGGACAGCACCAGCUCCCUACAUGGCAGCAGCAUCCACCGGCCUUCCACCGAGCAAACCCGCACAGACUUCUCCUGGGAUGGCAUCAAUCUCUCCAUGGAAGAUACCACCUCCAUCCUGCCCAAGCUCAAGCGUAACUCCAACGCCUAUGGUAUCGGGGCUCUGGCCAAGUCAUCUUUCUCAGGCCCCUUAGGGAUAUCACGCAGCAUGAAGGACCACGUGACCAAGCCCACGGCCAUGGGGCAGGGCCGCGUGGCCCAUAUGAUCGAGUGGCAGGGCUGGGGCAAGGGGCAGACUGGGACAUGGGGGCAGCAGCAGCAGCACAGCCACGAAGAUGCCCGCAAGGAUGCCGACGCCUACUCUGACCUCAGCGAUGGCGAGAAAGAGGCCCGCUUCCUUGCAGGGGUCAUGGAGCAGUUUGCCAUCUCUGAGGCCACCCUCAUGGCCUGGAGCUCCAUGGAUGGGGAGGACAUGAGCGUCAACUCCACCCAAGAGCCUCUAGGGGGCCACUACAGUGACAACUACCAGGAACUGAUGGAGAGCCAGGAUCCCCUGGCCCAGGUGCCGUAUGACAGCUGGCCUCACUCCUACGUGUCCCAGGGCAUGUACUGCCUGGGUUCCUCGGACGCCUGGGAGACCAGCGAUCAGUCCCUCAUUGCCUCCCCCGCCACUGGCUCCUAUCUGGGCCCCAACUUGGAAGACUCUCAGCCCAGCCUGCAAGAUGGGGGCCUGGGCCUAGGGCCCCCCCGAGUCCAGGCGCCAAGCCUGGCAGACGUUUGGGGGUCUGGGCCGACCGAGGAGGGGGCCCCGCUCCUGCAGGAGGAGGGGAAACCAUCACUGGAGGAGGAGGAGGGCCUGGGUGACCGGGAACCAGGGUCUCCAUCUCCCCAGGAGGAGGCCGAGGUCCCAGCCAGCGGGUCGGGCCGCAAGGUCUCGGAUGUGACCUCGUCCGGAGUGCAGUCCUUCGACGAGGAGGAAGGCGAGGCCACCAACUGAGCAAGCCCCCCAAUCCCCCCUCCACGGAGAUCCCCCCAGCGGACCACCGCCCGUGGGCCUCAGGGGCCAUGGUCCAGGGGGUUGGGGCCUGGACAGUACAGACUGGCCCGGGUCAGGGGGGUGAGGCUGGGACGGGCCCCGAGACCCAGGGGUCUCCCCCACCCCUGGCCGCAGCCCUGGCUCUUCGGGGGUCUCAAGUUCUCUGCCUUUGGAUGGCCGGGCCGGUCCAGCCUGGAAAAGGGCCCGGAAACAGGUCCCUGUCGAGCCCGUGGGGUUCUGUUAAGAGUUGGGCCGACAUAGGGAGACCAUCGGCCACAGGUAGGGUCUCAAAUACGGAUCAUCAUACGAGACUCAGUCCUGGAGGAGUAGGGUGAUACAAGGUGAGGCCCUGCAGACCCAAACGGGCCCGAGCUGUCUCUAUGGGCUCGGGCCACGUCUCUGGAUGAGGCCCUGUGGAUAGAGGCCAUGGGCAGAGCCCAUCAGGGAGGUCUUCACCAGAGUCCCCCGUCCUUCCUGGAGGGGGGACGGGGACACGGCUGCCGAAGGGCCUUGUCUCUCAGGAAACCUCCUCCCUUCCAGGGCAUCUCCCCGCUGCCACCCAGGGAAGAGUCCCUGCCUGGGCCAGGGGCUCUACUGGGUAUGGGAGUGGAGGGGCUGGUUGGGUUGAGGGGGCAGGGGGGAGGCUGCCAGGGAGGGAUCCCGAUGGUCCCAGAGAAGAUAUGCUCGAGCUGAUCCGGGACCUUUGGGGAGAAAACUUGGGCCUGGUGGAGCCAGAAGGUGUGUGGGACAGGGCCGAGUUGCCCGAAAUGGGACGUGUCCGGCCCUGGGACCUGGCCUUGCCCCGCUGUGCCCCCCGCCCAGCCCCCUCUGGUCUUCUCCCUCUGAGCUUCUCUACAGAGCCUUUUGCUGCCAAAGGCAGGAGCAGAGGGCCGGGGGAGAGAGUGUCUGGAGCCGUUUACACUUUUCUCUUUGCCUUUUCUACAUUUUUGUAUCUUUGGGACUAGGGGCUGAGCUUGAG